AUGAAUGUUUUUAAAUGUCUGACCCGACAUUUAGACUUAAGUACUGCUGCCCAUUCACGCUCCUCAACAGUGUCAACUUCAGGAAAAUUUCAAAAGAAGAUAGCGGGUCAAAGAACUUUUGGGUCGAAGCAUAGUUCGGCAGGUAAUGCAUAUCCGGUCGCCAUCUUGAAUCAGUGCAAAACAUGUAUUCUGUGGUUUGCCACAGAUCAAAGUGACCUUUUUGG